CUGGCCAAUGAAAGCGAGGUGGGCGGGCCCUCGCGGCGCACUUUGGCCAGGAGGGGCGCGGGGCUUCCUCGGAAAGCGCGGCCCGGGACGCAGACGGACCAUGUGGACCCUGGUGGGCUGGGCCACCUUGGUGGCAGGGCUGGUGGCUGGAACACGGUGCCCAGACGGCCAGGUCUGCCCAGUGGCCUGCUGUCCAGAUCCAGGAGGAGCCAGUUACAGCUGCUGUGACCCGGGGGUGGACACGUGGCCCACAGCCCUGAGUGGGCGCCUGGGCAGCCCCUGCCAGAACACCGCCCACUGCUCCACUGGCCACUCUUGUGUCCUCACUGCCUCAGGGACUUCCAGCUGCUGCCCGUUCUCACAGGCUGAGGCAUGUGGGGACGGCCACCACUGCUGUCCUAGAGGCUUCCUCUGCAGUGCGGACGCGCGGACCUGCAUCCUAAGACCAGGGGGUCACCUGCUGGGCACUGUCCAGUGUCCAGGCGGCGAGUUCCAGUGCCCCGGGUCCUCCACAUGCUGCCGCAUGCCUGACGGCUCCUGGGGGUGCUGCCCUUUGUCUGAGGCAUCCUGCUGUGAAGACAGUGUGUACUGCUGUCCCCACGGGGCCUACUGUGACCUGGUACACGGCCGCUGUGUCAUAGCCACGGGCACCCAGCCCCUGGCCAGGAAGGUCCCCGCCCAGAGGACGGAUAGGACAGGUGCAGAGGGGGCAGGCAUUGGGCCAGGGACUGCCCUGCCCCCCGCCCCCCUUCCAGCCGCUCUGCCCAGCUCCGUCCUGUGCCCUGACAAGCGGUCCCAGUGCCCAGAUGACACCACCUGCUGCCAGCUGUCCGGUGGAGAGUACGGCUGCUGCCCGAUGCCCAGUGCCGUCUGCUGUUCUGACCGCCUGCACUGCUGCCCCCAGGACACGGUGUGUGACCUGAAGCGGAGCACGUGCCUGUCCCCGGAGACGGCCAAGGCCCUGCUGCCCGCAGUGCCUUCGUGGACAGUGGGGGACGUGGAGUGUGACCAGGAGGUGAGCUGCCCAGAUGGCUACACGUGCUGCCGCCUGCAGUCGGGGGCCUGGGGCUGCUGCCCCUUCAAGAAGGCCGUGUGCUGUGAGGACCACGUCCACUGCUGUCCUGAGGGAUUCACGUGCCACACGGAGAAGGGGACAUGUGAGCAGGGGGUGCUCCAGGUGCCCUGGGUGCGGAAGACCCAGUCCCACCCCAGUCCGCCAAAGAGUGGUGUCCCCUGCGACAACUUCGCCAGCUGCCCCCAGGGCCACACCUGCUGCCGCAUUGCUUCUGGGGAGUGGGGCUGCUGUCCCACCCCUGAGGCUGUCUGCUGCUCUGACCACGGGCAGUGCUGUCCCCGGGGUUACUUGUGCACAGCUGACGGGCAGUGUCAGAUGGGCGGCAGGGUGGUGGCAGGGCUGGAGAAGACGCCUGCCCACCCGACACCCCUGGCCCACACCGGCGACAUCUGCUGUGACAAGCACACCAGUUGCCCUGUAGGCCAGACCUGCUGCCCCAGCUUGGGCGGGGGCUGGGCCUGCUGCCAGCUGCCACACGCCGUGUGUUGUGAGGACCACCAGCACUGCUGCCCAGCGGGCUACACCUGCAAUGUGAAGGCCCGGACCUGUGAGAAGGGGCUGGACGCCACCCACCCUGCUGCCCGCCUGGCCCUACACUCCGAUGGGAGGGUGACAGAUGUGGCCUGCGGGGACGGGCACUUUUGUCACGAUGAGCAGACCUGUUGCAGAGACAGCCGGGGAGGCUGGGCCUGCUGCCCCUUCCGCCAGGGCUUCUGCUGUAUGGACCGGCGCCACUGCUGUCCUUUCGGCUUCCAAUGUGCGGGCAGAGGAACAAAAUGUGUCCGUAGGAAGACUCUGCUUCAAUGGGACACCCUGCUGUGGGGCCCUGCACUGAGACCACUGCUGUAAGGGCCGGGGACCCAGCACCCCUCGCUCUGGGACGCUGCCGGGUUGCCCACUCAGCAGGCCUUCCCAGCUUCCAUCUCUGACCCCACCCCUUCUGAGUGUCCCCUCGCCAGGGCAGACCUGGGCUGUGGCAGACAGUCACACUCCUGUGGUCAGGUGCUGUCCUCACCACAGGUGUGCACGUGUGUGUGUGUGUGUGUGUGUGUGUGUGUGUGUGUGUGUGUGCGAGCACUCCAGUAA